AUGGGAAGAACGCCAUGUUGUGAAAAAAAUGGGCUCAAGAAGGGUCCAUGGACCCCAGAAGAAGAUAAGAAACUCAUUGAUUAUAUUCACAAGAAUGGUUCUGGAAACUGGAGAAUUCUUCCUAGGAAUGCUGGACUUCAAAGGUGUGGUAAGAGUUGUCGAUUGCGUUGGGCAAACUAUCUUAGACCAGAUAUCAAAAGAGGAAAGUUUUCAUUUCACGAGGAAGAGGCAAUUAUUCAACUUCAUAGGAUAUUGGGAAACAAAUGGUCAGCAAUUGCUGGUCGGCUCCCGGGAAGAACUGAUAAUGAGAUCAAGAACCAUUGGAACACACAUAUAAGAAAAAAACUUCUUCGAAUGGGGAUUGAUCCAGUGACUCACCAUCCUCGACUUGAUCUUCUUGAAAUUUCUGACUUUCACCCAUUGGUUAGCCCUAAUUUGCUUGAUGAAAACUAUGAUACUGCAGUAACAAACUAUGAAUAUUAUGGGUCGGGUCAAUCCAUUGUGAAUCCUCCUCCAUUAGAGACUUCAACUUUCCAAUCGAAUAUGUCAACACCUUCAUCAAGUUCAACUACACUGCAUUCAAAUUCAACAUAUAUUACUGAAGACAUUGAGAGAGAAAGCAACUGCAGCAACGUGUUGAAUUUCCAAAUUUCGGAUAUUUUGGAUGUCAAUGAAUUCAUGUAA